AUGAGUGCUAUUGGAACUGGGUACGAUCUGUCGGCGUCGCAGUUCUCUCCGGACGGCCGUGUUUUCCAGGUGGAAUACGCACAGAAAGCUGUGGAAAACAGCGGAACUGUGGUUGCUCUGAAGGGCAAGGAUGGCGUGGUGCUCGCCGUCGAGAAGAUUGUCACCUCGAAGCUGUACGAGCCGGGCACCAACAAGCGCAUCUUCCCCAUUGAUCGUCACGUCAGUGCCGCCGUUGCCGGUCUCUUGGCGGAUUCGCGCAGCAUCGUGGAGAAGGCUCGUGAUGAGGCCAGUGAUUACCGCUCCCAGUACGGAAUGCCGAUUCCCAUCAACUAUCUGAAGAACCGCGUUGCCAUGUACAUGCAUGCCUACACGCUCUACAGUGCUCUGCGCCCCUUUGGCUGCUCGGUGAUUCUCGCCUCCUACGAUGAGCUUGACGGACCGCAACUGUAUUGUCUUGACCCGUCUGGCGUUUCAUGGGGCUACAAAGGCUGCGCCAUUGGCAAGAACAAGCAAGGAGCGAAAACCGAACUGGAGAAGCUGAAAUUCAGCGAAGUCAGCGCUAGAGACCUCAUUAAGGAGGCGGCUCGAAUAAUUUACAGCGUGCACGACGAAGUGAAGGACAAGGCUUUCGAGCUGGAACUGAGCUGGAUUGGCAAGGAUACCAAUGGCUUGCACCAGUGGGUGCCGAAGCCGCUCUUUGACGAAGCCGUGCACUAUGCUCAAGAGUCGCUCAAGCACGCCAGCGAUUCCGAGGAGGAUUCCAUCUCAUAA